GUUGCGGCUGCGACCGCUUGAACAGGCCUGGCGCCGGCGGCGGCGGGAGCUCCCUUGGGUCUGGGAUGUGAGCGCGGGGCCCUUGGCAGAAGUCAGUGUGAUCUUCAUUUGAAGCAAAGCUGAGAAAUUAGUACCUCUUCCUAACUCUUUCGUCCUGCUUUUUGAAGGCCAUGGCAUAGGAACUUUAACCCAGGAAUACAACUUUGCAUUAGCACCAGACAAGAUUUGUGAUGAAAUGGAGCCUGGAACAAACUCUUUUCGAGUAGAAUUUCCUGAUUUUUCCAGCACCAUUCUGCAAAAACUGAAUCAGCAGCGCCAGCAGGGACAGCUAUGUGACGUCUCCAUUGUUGUCCAAGGCCACAUUUUUCGAGCACACAAAGCCGUUCUUGCUGCCAGCUCCCCCUACUUUUGUGACCAGGUACUCCUGAAGAACAGCAGGAGGAUUGUUCUACCUGAUGUGAUGAACCCAAGAGUGUUCGAGAACAUUCUCCUGUCCAGUUACACAGGACGCCUGGUGAUGCCUGCUCCGGAAAUCGUUAGUUACUUGACAGCGGCCAGCUUCCUCCAGAUGUGGCACGUGGUGGACAAGUGCACUGAGGUUUUAGAGGGAAACCCUACGGUCCUGUGCCAGAAGCUAAACCAUGGCAGCGACCACCAGUCGCCAAGCAGCAGCAGUUACAAUGGCCUGGUGGAGAGCUUUGAGCUGGGCUCUGGAGCCCACCCUGACUUCCCCAAAGCCCAGGAACUGAGGGAUGGUGAGAACGAAGAGGAGAGCACCAAAGACGAGCUGUCGUCCCAGCUCACCGAGCACGAGUACCUGCCCAGCAACUCCUCCACCGAGCACGACCGGCUGAGCACCGAAAUGGCGAGCCAGGACGGGGAGGAGGGGGCCAGCGACAGCGCCGAGUUCCACUACACCCGGCCCAUGUACAGCAAGCCCAGCAUAAUGGCGCACAAACGCUGGAUCCACGUGAAGCCCGAGCGCCUGGAGCAGGCGUGUGAGGGCAUGGACGUGCACGCCGCCUACGAUGAGCACCAGGUCACCGAGUCCAUCAACACCAUGCAGACCGAGCACUCGGUGCAGCCCUCGGGGGUGGAGGAGGACUUCCACAUCGGCGAGAAGAAGGUGGAAGCCGAGUUCGACGAGCAGGCCGACGAGAGCAAUUACGAUGAGCAGGUGGAUUUCUACGGCUCUUCCAUGGAGGAGUUUUCUGGAGAGAGGUCAGAGGGGAGUCUGAUGGCGCACAGACAGGAGGCUGCCCUAGCAGCAGGCUACAGUGAGAACAUCGAAAUGGUGGCAGGGAUCAAAGAAGAGGCUUCCCACUUAGGGUUCUCGGCCACCGACAAGCUGUAUCCCUGUCAGUGUGGCAAGAGUUUCACUCACAAGAGUCAGCGAGACCGGCACAUGAGCAUGCACCUCGGCCUGCGGCCGUACGGCUGCGGCGUCUGUGGCAAGAAGUUCAAGAUGAAGCACCAUCUCGUGGGCCACAUGAAGAUCCACACGGGCAUCAAGCCCUACGAGUGUAACAUCUGUGCAAAGAGGUUCAUGUGGAGGGACAGUUUCCACAGGCACGUGACUUCUUGUACCAAGUCCUACGAAGCUGCCAAGGCUGAGCAGCACACGACUGAGGCGAACUAAAAAUAGGGGCUGGCCUUGAGUGGCGGGCACAGAAAUAGACUAUGGUAAUUAAUGCAAAUCUGGGCACAGAUGAUGCGUGCUACUUGCUAUUAUGAGAGACGCGUAAAAAAAAGAGGAAGAUAUUUCUGAAAGACCAGCUCUAAGUAGGCCAAUUAAAAAAUCUAAUUCCUCAAAUGUAUCUUCUAGUCCUGGCCUGGAUUGGGUGAUGGGGGUGAGUUGCCCCUCCGCCCCGGUGGCAGGGCCGCUGAGGGAGGCAGGUGGCUCGGUGAUGGACACACCUGCCCUCGCACUGCGCCCGCCCGCCAGUUGCGCUUCAGGUGGCAGCAGUUUUUGAUCACUCAUUAUUACAAGGUCGAGUUGAAAUUUUGUUUUGCUCUUACAAUAGAUCCUUAGGUAAUGUGGAUUUGUUUUGGUAGCUGCUUCCCUGAAUGAAAUGCUACGUACGUAAAGCUGCCGAUAAUGCGAUUCCUAGAGUGAGAAGUUAAUUAACAGAGCUCUUAUCUGGAUUUACUCUUUGUGGAAGGAUAUCUAACUGAAACUCUGGAGAUGUUACGAAGGUGACAUUCUAAGUAUGGAACAAGCGAUUCAUGGUACAAGCUUCCGUUUUCAUGUGAUGCCACUGUCACAACGUUUUCUCAGACUCUUGGUAAGGCAGAGUUUGGAUUUGAGUCCUAACAUGGAGUUUGAACUGUUGUACCUAACUAAUUCUUCAGGGUGCCAGAGAUAGGUUUUGCUAAUUGGUUUGCUGUCCCAGAUCCUGUUUCAUUGUAGCAUCCACGCAGUGGGAUCUGCUCUGGCUAGCCGGUGGCCAGCCUGCUGUGGCUCUGACCAUGGUACCGUUGGCUGCUCCAGCCAUUGCUCUGGCUUAGAUUGUGGUGCUUCCGGUGGGGGGAGCCAGAGUCGCAGGUGAGUUACCUGUGAGCUGCAGGAGGUAACGGAGCGCCACGGUGACACUCCUUCAGAGAGUGGCUGAGAAGCAGGAUCUCCCGCGUGGGAGGUCGCACUUGAGGGGGGGAAAUCUGCCCAAGAAGAGUCUUGAAAAAUACACUGGUGGGGGAUCCUCUUUUUGAGGGUGCACUGAGCUAAUGCUGCCUGCUCUCUGUGAGUGCUGGAAUGUGUUUGAAAAGGGGAAAGAAGGAGUCCUAAUUUAGCAGAGUUGUCUACAGAUCCAUGCUCCCAAGUGACAGAUAAAGCUGCAUAAAUUUACACGUCCACACAGCUAUACCUACCCAGAACGCAAGAAAAGCAGCUAUUCCGAGCGCUCUCUGGCGCUGGGUCAGAUGUUUUAGGCUAAAAAGGAGGCGUACGUUCAGAGUGCUUAACGCUGUGGAUCGUACCUGAGGUUGGUGCCCGCGUAGGACAGGGUGCUACUGUGAUGCCAUCUUUCCCAUACACUUUCUGGUCUCGUGUUUCUAAGUAGAAACUGCUUUUUCCUCAAAAUAACUUUCCUUGGACUUGGGGUGAAAAUUUUGUUUUAGAAGUUUGGCCUUGCUCUAAUAGACAUUGCUGGCAAUGGCCUUUGACCUUCAAGCUCCUAACUGGAUGGGGAAAGAAAAAAUACUUAUUUACCAAUUAAUUCUUGUAAUCAAGACUACAAAACAGGGAUUUAUUCACUAACACUGUAUCAUUCUCGAUAUAUAAAAGCACUUUGUAUUUAAAACUUUAUUAUAAAUAUAUAUAUAUUGUUUUUUUAACCUAGAAACUAGACAUUACCUCUUGGUUGUUUGCCACAUUAAAAUCAUCUUCUCUUAGUGUUAAGACCUCACCAGUCAGCAGUCCUUUCUCCGUGUAGCCGACAGGUGUGUAGAGGUGACUGUCCCAUCAGGCCAUGGGGACAGAUGUGAGGAGAACGUCCUGUGUUAACUCCCACCCAUUUCAGUACGAAGGCCAGAAAGCCAUUUUGUACUGCCAGGAGCUCACGCCCUCUCCGCGGGUGCGAAGCCGUCUGUCUGUCUGAAGGUUUGGGGUGCUGUUCCCCAUUGGGUGUGGCUGCAGAUGAGCAGGGGGCUGUUUUGGGAGAAGAGUCUGAGAGGUCAAGCGAAUCCCUAGGAAGUCAGGGUCCUGCGGUCUUGCCGACUCAGCGUGGCACCUGCUCUGAGUUGGGGUGGAGGCGUUUUUGUUCCGCCAGGCGGCAGUUGGGGAGCAGGCAGUUGUGCUGGGCCUAUGUAAUGUGUUGUGAAGGGAGGAGCAUCUUUGAGAUGCUGUGUCUACAUCCGCUGCUAACCAUAGAGUGUAAUGGAAGUGAGCUCCUCCCGUCUGCUGGCUGGGGCUGGCAGGGUGGGCAGCUGUGCCCUGUGGAGAAGGUUGGUAUCUGGAACGCUGGCCGUGUUCAGAGAAGCCAGAGGAAGGGUUCCCGUAGUGUGCACGUGAAGAGAGAAUUUCUACAGUCCCUGCUUUUUGGAGGUCACAGUGCAUCGCUACCAUGUGAGUCUGUGCCCCGGCCUCGGCACAGCACGGCCGUAGGAACUCACUCCCAGCGAGCAGUAGCUGUGGGGACACGUUCCCGUCUUUCAGGGAUCUUCUCUGGCCUCCAGCCCCAGUGGGCAAGGGCUUCGUGAUACCACCAGUGGCUGUUACUAUCUGUCCUUAAUUUUAAAUCCUCGUGUUACUGUAACGUACCUGACGCAUAGGCUAACCGCGGCAGGACUGUGUUAACUAGAGUCUUCAAGAAGGCCUCCACCAUUCUAGUGAGCGUUUGCUGAGCUGAACCCACCCCAGGUGGGCUUCUGGCUUUUUGGGAAAGCUGCUUCCCUCAGUGGCUCCGUACACCGGAGCAGGAGCAGCAAAGCCAGGCCUUCCCAGAGUCAGGAGCCCUGGGAGGGGAGGGGGGGUGGAGAGGUGUCCCCGGGCAAGGGCUCUUAUGGGGCAGGAAUGCCUGCAGCCAAGCAGCAGCCUCCUCCUUGCUCCAGUGCGGUGACUAACUUAACUUCGUUCAGUGAAACCAGGGUUGGUUUGGUUUUUUUCUUUGCUAUUUACAUAUUUAAAGGUACAGGUUUCUUAUUUCAAAUCUCUACUGAUAGUGCCCUAUGGGAAGAUGCUGGAACACAUUUUGCAAAUGUGACCUUUUUUGUUUGUUUUUAAUUUUGCUUGAAGCCUGUGUCAUGUCAGUUGCUGCUGCCUUCUUUCCUUUUUUGAGGUUCCCAAUGUUUCUCCCAGAAAAUUUAUUUAUGUAAGUCAGGUGACUCUUAGGCCACAAAACCAUUUGAUGAUAAACAGAUUGUCCUUAGGUGCAUAUCUCAUUGAUACUUUGUGAACUGUUAUGCCUGUGUUACAAAAGUUGAAUAGUUUUGUCUUUCUCUAUUGCUGUCUUCAGUGUACAGCAUGGUUUUACUUAAUUGAGUGUUACUGUUUAAUAUUUUCUUCUUAUAGAAGAGACCAUGCCCUUUUGUAUGACAUGUUUUAAUAAAUGU